UUGUAAGGCAAAUCCUUGAACCCUAAAAACCUCCUCUGACCUCUCCUCGAAUUUCAAUUUUUCAUAUUAACUCACACGGUUCCCUAAUUUUCAUCUCUGUUCGAUCCUUCCCUGCUCUUUCCAAGUUAUAGCUAUGGCUACGGCCGCUCUUCUCCGUUCAUUUCGACGCCGUGACGUUGCCUCUGCACCUCUCACAGCCUAUAGAUGCCUUACUAGCAACGGCAAGACCUCAGUCGGUAUUAAUUGGACGAGUUUUACUAGAGCUUUCAGUUCUAAGCCGGUUGGAAAUGAUGUCAUUGGUAUUGAUUUGGGUACAACCAACUCUUGUGUUGCUGUCAUGGAGGGAAAGAAUCCUAAAGUUAUUGAGAACUCUGAAGGUGCACGGACCACACCAUCUGUUGUUGCCUUCAACCAAAAGGGGGAGUUACUUGUGGGAACCCCUGCAAAACGUCAGGCUGUGACCAAUCCUACUAAUACAAUUUUUGGAACCAAGCGUCUGAUUGGUAGGCGUUUUGAUGAUCCCCAGACACAAAAAGAGAUGGGGAUGGUUCCUUACAAGAUUGUCAAGGCUCCCAACGGAGAUGCCUGGGUUGAAGCAAAUGGACAACAAUAUUCUCCUAGCCAGGUUGGGGCAUUUGUUUUGACCAAGAUGAAAGAAACUGCAGAGGCUUUCCUUGGAAAGGGUGUUUCUCAAGCAGUUAUAACUGUUCCAGCUUAUUUCAAUGAUGCUCAGAGGCAAGCAACUAAGGAUGCUGGUAGAAUUGCAGGUCUUGAUGUUCAGAGGAUUAUAAAUGAGCCUACUGCUGCUGCUCUUUCAUACGGAAUGAACAAUAAGGAGGGUCUCAUUGCAGUCUUUGAUCUUGGUGGUGGCACAUUUGAUAUUUCAAUUUUGGAGAUUUCUAACGGCGUCUUUGAGGUCAAAGCAACGAAUGGUGAUACUUUCUUGGGAGGAGAGGAUUUUGACAAUGCCUUGCUAGAUUUCUUGGUGAGUGAAUUUAAGAAAACUGAGGGGAUUGAUCUCUCAAAGGAUAGGCUUGCACUCCAGAGGCUUCGUGAAGCUGCUGAGAAGGCUAAAAUCGAACUCUCAUCGACAUCGCAGACCGAUAUUAACCUGCCAUUCAUAACAGCUGAUUCUUCUGGGGCAAAACACUUGAAUAUCACAUUGACCAGAUCAAAGUUUGAAUCCUUGGUAAAUCACUUGAUUGAGAGGACCAAGGCUCCUUGUAAGAAUUGUUUGAAGGAUGCUGCCAUUUCAACGAAGGAUGUUGAUGAGGUUCUUCUAGUUGGAGGCAUGACACGAGUACCUAAAGUACAAGAAGUGGUUUCCGGGAUCUUUGGCAAGAGUCCAAGCAAAGGAGUUAAUCCUGAUGAAGCAGUUGCUAUGGGAGCUGCAAUUCAGGGUGGUAUACUUCGUGGGGAUGUUAAAGAGUUGCUUCUGCUUGACGUCACUCCUUUGUCCCUUGGUAUUGAGACACUAGGUGGUGUAUUCACAAGGCUAAUCAGCCGCAACACGACCAUUCCAACAAAGAAGAGUCAGGUGUUCUCUACAGCAGCUGAUAAUCAGACUCAAGUAGGUAUCAAGGUGCAUCAAGGAGAGCGUGAAAUGGCUGCCGACAACAAAAUGUUGGGUGAGUUUGAUUUGGUAGGAAUCCCUCCUGCUCCGAGAGGUAUGCCUCAGAUUGAGGUGACAUUCGACAUUGAUGCGAAUGGUAUUGUCACGGUGUCUGCCAAGGACAAGGCCACUGGUAAAGAACAGCAAAUCACCAUCCGUUCAUCCGGUGGUCUCUCAGAUGAUGAGAUCGAGAAGAUGGUUAGGGAAGCUGAGUUGCAUGCCCAGAAGGACCAACAAAGAAAAGCUUUGAUCGAUACCAAAAACAAUGCAGACACCACUAUUUAUAGCGUGGAAAAGAGCUUGAACGAGUACAGAGAGAAGAUUCCUAGUGAAGUUGCGAAAGCGGUCGAGGAUGCUGUUGCAGAUUUGAGGAAGGCAAUGGAAGGAGAGGACGUUGACGAGAUCAAGGCCAAGAUUGAUGCAGCAAAUAAAGCUGUCUCAAAGAUCGGUGAACACAUGGCUGGCGGUGGUUCCCAAGGCAGCUCUUCCGGAGGUGCUCAAGGCGGUGAGCAGCCCCAAGAGGGAGAGCAUGAGGAAGGGAAGAAGCAGUGAUUCUGUUACUGAUUUUGUUGUGCUGGUAAAUGCCACUGAAGAUUAUCCUUUAGUUUGAUUACUAUCGUGUUCAAGAGUUUGUAUCUAAAUAAAGGUUGAAUACAUUGCUAGCCUCUUACGAAUUUGAGUCCAGACCUUCCAAAUUUUUCUUAAAAAGUGGAAAAUCAACGAGGGAAUGUAAAUUAUGAGUUGGAAUUUGAA